GGAAGAGAAAAACCCCGUCCCCCUCGGCCGCCGAAGCGAAACAGCCUCUGGCCGCUGCCCGACCCCGACGCCAGCUGCCCAGUUCUUCGCCGGCGACGAGCACUCCACCAGACGAGAGGGGAUUCCAAGAUGCCGAGGGCCACCAGCGACGCGAAGCUCCUGAUCCAGUCCCUCGGCAAGGCGUACGCUGCCACACCAACAAAUCUCAAGAUUAUUGACCUCUACGUGGGUUUUGCGGUUGCCACUGCCCUUAUUCAGGUUGCUUACAUGGGAUUGGUUGGGUCGUUUCCCUUCAACUCCUUCCUCUCAGGAGUUCUUUCAUGCAUAGGAACUGCAGUUCUUGCUGUUUGCCUCCGCAUUCAAGUGAACAAAGACAACAAAGAAUUCAAGGACCUUCCCCCAGAAAGGGCCUUUGCUGAUUUUGUCCUAUGCAAUCUGGUGCUCCACCUGGUGAUCAUGAAUUUCCUCGGAUAAGCAACUGCUGCACCAUGUUGGUUAAAGGUUUUGUAGCCCCAGGUUGUGGUCGCUGAUUGUUGCCUUUAAAUGUUUGGAACUGUUGUGAUCGUGAUGUCGAAUAUCCAUAUGAUCUGUUGAAGGAUUACUUGUGUAAGCUGAGUAUUCCCGGAGGGAACUAUUAGUCGAAUGGACAGUUUGCCCAGCGCUGAGAAUGUGACCUAGCAUGUUCUUUAUUUGAAGAAGAUAUAAUUCAUUUUUCACUAAGGUAUGCUGCAAAUAAGCAAUUCCUGGGAAUUGUCGAGAC